UAUCACUGAUGCGAUUCAUUAUGCUUCUCGUUGUGAAAAACCCGAGUAUUCUGUAAUAGCAUUUCCUUGUGUUCAUGUGAUGGUUUUAGGUCUAAUGUGUAACAAAACAUAUAUUAAGAAUUCUCUAACAUCCCUUGACUGGGGGAUGUAUAACUGGGAAGUUGUCGGAGUCAUCGUGAAAUCCCAUCCUGAUUCAUUCCUAGUUUCAUUGUCCGGCGAAAAAUUGUUUCCUGGCACACGACACACUAUUCUUAGGUCUUUCUGA